GCGGGCCGCUCGUAACGUUUAAACCGACGUCCCCCAUCCAUCCCGAACCCAAUCCCCUCUACCCAACCUUCCCAGCAGUAACACCCUCCCCCCAAACCCCAAAAAUGACCCAAAAGAAAACAGCCCUAAUAACAGGCUGCAGCGCCCACGGCAUCGGCUCAGCCCUGGCACAAGCCUUCCACGCCCGGGGCGUCCACGUCUUCGCGACCGCGCGCUCCCUGACCAAAAUGUCGCAUCUAGCCAAGGAGUACCCGGACAUGACGCUGCUAGAGCUGGACGUGACGUCCCCGCAGGAUAUCGAGAAGGCGGUGGCGACCGUACGCGCACACACCGGCGGCACGCUGGACUUUCUGGUGAAUAACUCCGGCGUGCCGCUGGUGCGGCCGGCGCUGGAGACGGAUCUUGCUGAGGCGCGGGCGCUGUUCGAAGUGAAUUUCUGGGGCGUCGUGAGGGUUACGAGUGCUUUUGCGGAGUUGGUUGUUAAUGCUAGGGGUGUGGUGGUUAAUGUGGGGAGUUUGGGGGGGAAUAUGGGGGUGGUUUGGAAUUCCUUCUACGCUGCCUCCAAAGCAGCCCUGAAAUCCUACGGCGAGACGCUGCGGCUCGAGCUCGCGCCGUUCGGCGUCCGCGUCGUCACGAUUAUGAGCGGCGUCGUGGGCACGAAUAUCUUUACGAGGCAUCCCGAGUUGAAUUUCGAGGGCUCCAUGUAUGAGCCUGCUACGGAGGGUAUCCGGAAAAUGGCGGCUGGGGCCAAGAUCAAGGAUCCCAUGGCUCCGUCGGAGUAUGCGGCGAAGGUGGUGGAUGAUCUGCUGGCUGGGAAGAAUGGGUUGGUUUGGCGCGGUAGGGCUGCUUCCAUUGGGUGGUUUUUGACGACCUGGAUGCCGCAGUGGGUUUUGGACUGGAUUGGUACGACGGGGAUGGGGUUGGAUAAAUUGGGAAAGUAAGGGCUGGAUCCAUGAGUAAUGGUGGGUAUUUCCAUUGUUUGAGAAAGUCGACUUGAGGUGUGACUUGUAUAUUCGCUAUAGAACAUUCCACUCAAUUAAUGGC